ACAUGUCUGAAUUUCUACCAGCCAUUAAAAGAGUUUAAACGCGGUCUUAACUCAUUUGUUGGUCUUGAGGUAUAUGGACAUCAUAGAAGUAUUCAAACCCACUAUGUAUGUUACCCUAAGCAUUUCAGACAUUAAUUUGGAUAGUUCACAUUCAGCUAUUGAAAAGUCAGUUAAUAUUUCAAAUAGACUUUUUAAGAGUUGUUUGGAACGGCAUCACCAAUCAGAAGUACUUAAACAAAGUUGUGUGAUUGCUCCAAUCCAAGGUGGUUAUAAUGUUCAAGAAAGAAUUCGAUCAGCAACAUUUCUAUCAGAAUAUCAUAAGGAUUUAUUAGGAUUUCUAUUUGAUGGAUUUUUCACUGAUGGAACCAUUGUWGAAGAAAUUCCUAGUGACCUUAUUCUACCCAUUAUUGAUAAAACAAUGGAAUACCUUCCAUAUGAUAAAAUGAAAAUUAUAUUUGGUACCUGGACUCCUAAUUUAAUAAUUGAUCUUAUAAACAGUGGAGUGGACAUGUUUGACUCAUCUUUCCCAUACAUCACAACUGAACGCAAUUCGGCCUUAAUAUUUAAUUACAAUUUAAAAUAUAAAAAUGAAAGUAUUGUUAUGGAUAUUUCAAAUUGUGAAACUGAUAAAAAUGUAGACAAUUUGAAUGACUAUGAAAUAUGCUUAACAGAUACAAGCCAUUUUGAGAAAUUUAUACCAAUAAAAGAUUCAUGUAAGUGUUUGACGUGUAAGAAACAUACUAGAUCUUACAUUCAUCAUCUACUGGUCUCAAAUGAACUUCUAGGUUCUAUGUUAUUGAUGAUACACAAUCUGCAUUACUUUAAUCAAUUUUUUAARGACAUUCGUGAAGUAUUAGUAAAUGCAAAUUCUAAUUGACUGUUAUAAUUAUGUCUGCGUUAACUGUUUAUUCAUUAAUAAACUGAGGAGAUACUUAUUCAA